AUGGAAAAGCAUUCUAGUACCUUUGCCCUUGUUUCUGCCCUUUGCUUCUCGGCCCUCCUCGGUUUUGCUUGCUGUGAAAACCCAGAUUCAAUCUAUGUUAUUGGCCUGGUUUACUGUGACAACUGCCAUGUCGGUUUUCCUACCACGUCUAGUAAGGUGAUCGAAGGCGCAGAGGUACACCUGGAAUGCAGCGACAAGAAAGGCGGAGCACCAACAUACAGGGCAUGGAAGAAGAGUAAUUCUGAAGGAAUGUACGAAUUCGAAGUGACCAAGAAAGUAAAUGUGAACAGCUACUGUGAAAUCUUUGCUUUCGAGAGCAACCUUGAUGACUGCAGAAACAUUGUCCACGAUGACGCUAGCCAAGAGCUGAAGCUAAAAUUCACCAAGCCUAGCCCGAAUGAUAAACGGAUCGUUGCCUUCGGGAACAAGCGCUUUGCUGCCCCGAUUUCCUUUCAACCCGAUCAGCCUCUUCAAAACUGCGCUGAGCACCACAACGAAGAAGAACAUGACAAGGAGGAGGAGGGUGAUCCGCGGCACAAACAUGAAGAAGAACAUACUGAGGAGGGGGAUGCUCCUCAGCAUCAACAUGAAGAUGAACAUGAACACGAGGAGGCCCAUUAA